AUGCAAAAAGCACUGAGACAACGUUCUCUCACAGAGAGAGUGGAAAAUAUUGUCCUUUCACAAUCUGCUCUUCCAGACUCUAUAUCAACAGAAAAAUUGAAAGGCAUUCUAUCCAGUUUAGAGAAAAAAAACACCAGUACCACUAGUACCAUGAGUUUUUUGGAAAAGCAAAAAUGUCAACCACCACUCUUUGGUGUGAACUCUAUCUGUGCACGGACGAGCAGUUUUCUUGUCUCUCAGGGUUCUCCCUCUCAUUUACGGGUGUUGGGUAGUUUUGUUGCCGCCGCCACCCACUCGGAAUUAGGAAAGAUGUUGGAAUGGUUUGCAAAUGCGGUUGUUGGACUCUUUGUGGAUGGUGUGAAGAGUGGUGUGGAUUUCCCUCAACAAUGGGAGGAGUCGCUGCAGCAGCAACCCGUAUUGGCAAAACACAUGUUUGAACUGCAGGGAUUUGGUGUUCUCUUCUCAUAUUUAUUAUGUCAACUCGCCGCAGUGGAGACGACUGUGCGUGCGGGUGGAUUAAGUGGGGUAUACAACAAUAAUAAUAACAAUAAUAAAGAUAAUAAAGAUAGUAGAAGUCGACAUGGAUCUCAUCAACAACAUCAUAAGAAUGAGAAGAGUCGUAUGGAGCGAGGUCCAACGGAUGUACACAUAAAGAAAGAGAUAAAAAAGACAAAUACUACAGAUAUGGAUAAUGGGGAUAAUGGAAUAGCAAGACGAAAUGGACAGCAGAAUAGUAUUAGCAAACCGCCUAAUAAGAAUACCCAAAUAUUACGUAGUCAAGUUUCAUCCGAUAGUAGUAGUAGGGUUUCUCGUGAUACUAUUCCAGUAGCCAUUUCACAAACAUCAUCAAAAGUACCAUUAAAGGUGGAAUCUCAGAAGUUAGAGUGGGAAAGUAUUGAACAGGGAAACUCUACAGAGACUUCAAAACCACCAUCACUCAUUCCAUCAACUGUACCUAACGAGAGAUAUAAAUUAGAUUCCGGAGUGAAUUCCUUUCAAUCACCCUCACAAUACAUGUAUGCAGGGAAUCAACUAACAAAAGUAGAAACACAUGAAACUCCUGAUUGGCCUCAAAGGCGAUUAAGUGAAAGAGUAGCAGUUUCAAACCUUUAUAUUCGUUCUAUUCCUUUACACCUGAAAGAAAUGGAGGGUGAGAAUGAAGAUGGUGGUGGUGCGACGGUAGGAAAGAUUGGUAGUGGCUGUAGUAACGCUUCUUCAGAGCGAAGACCGCAAGGGACUGUAUCUCCACUACGAUCAAAAGAAAGAGGAGGAAGAGGAGGAGGAGGAGGUGGUGGUAUGAAUAAUAAUAAUGUUAAUAAUGCUCCGGUUGUUAGUAAUAGUGGUGGAGAGAGUGAAGUGAAGAGUAGUCGUCUCUCUGCCUUUAAGCCUAGUCCACUACGGCUGGAGGAUAUUGAACAGGAGAUGCGAUCUCGUGAACUGCGUAAAUUGUACGGUGUGAACACCAUAGUGAACUAUGCCCAGAGAGAGUUGAAGGAAUAUGGGAAGAAAAUGGAAGUUCUUCGCAGUGUGUUGGAGUCGGGAGAUGCGGAGAGAGAUCGCAAGUAG